UCGACAAGAACACCAGGCAGGAAAUUACGUCUGAUUGAAGCGUCGACAGGAAGUGUUUUAUUUUUCCGGCGACGGUGUGUUCCAAUUGCGUGGAGCAUAUUUCAGUGAAAGUGUGAAGGUACUGACUAUGGAUAGGAUACCGAGCACGUCUCAGUUGGUGGUCACUUGGCGCUGAUGGGGGACGAAAAGGACACCUGGAAAGUUAAAACACUGGACGAGAUUCUCCAAGAAAAAAAACGCAGAAAAGAGCUGGAAGAGAAGGCCGACCCCAAACGCCAGAAAGCUACGGAUGAACGGGACACCAAGCGGGACACUCUGGAGGAAGGAGAGCUGCGGGAUCACAGGAUGGAAAUAACGAUCCGUAACUCCCCUUACCUGCGGGAGGACUCCACGGAAGACAGAGGGGAAGAGGACGAGUCCCUCGCUAUCAAGCCCCCCCAGCAAAUGGCAAGAAAAGAGAAAUCGCACCACAGGAAAGAGGAGAGGAGAAAGGACAAGAGGCGUCGCCGCAGCCACUCGGCAGAAGGAGGAAAGCACAUUCGCUCGAAGGACAAGGACAAGGAGAAGGAGAGGGAGAACGAGCGCAGGAAGAGGCAGAGGGAGGAGCAGGACAAGGCCCGGCGGGACUGGGAGAGGCAGAAGCGCAGGGAGCUGGCCCGGGCCCACUCCCGCAUGGAGAGGGACCGCCUGGAACAGCUGGAGCGACAGAGGGAGCGGGAACGGAAGCUCCGCGAGCAGCAGCAGAAGGAGCAGAGGGAGCAGAAGGAGCGAGAGAGGAGGGCCGAGGAGAGGCGGAAAGAGAGGGAGGCGCGCAGAGAAGUGCCGUCCCACCACCGGGGGCAGCUGGACGACUACGGGGAGAAGCCCAAACAGAGCCACCGCAGCCGCAGCCCCCUCCGGCCCCCCCGCGAGAGCAAGCCCGAACAGGCCGAGCCCCGCCGCAUGGCGGUGCGGGAUGAGAAGCCCGAGGACAGGGACCUGCUCUCUGACCUGCAGGACAUCAGCGACAACGAGAGGAAGACCAGCACGGCAGAGUCUUCCUCAGGAUCAGGGUCAGGGUCUGAGGAAGAGGAGGAGGAGGAAGAGACGAGCAGCCAGAGCGAGGGAGAGGAGGAGGAGUCCGGCUCCAACUCGGCAGGCUCUGAACAGAGCGCAGAUGAAGUGAGUGAGGAAGAGCAGUCUGAGGAGUAUGAGGAGGAGGCGGAGAACGGAAACCACAUUCCUCCCGUGCCCGAGUCGCGCUUCGAUCACGACACGGAGGACAGCGUGGAGGAGGAGGAGGAGGAGCCCGAAGAGGUGGAGGAGGGCGAGCCCACGCCCCCGUCCCACUCGCGCUCCCCCACCCCCGAUGACAAGUACAUCCCGGAUUCGCCCGUCAUGUCCCCCGUGGAGCUGAAGAAGGAGCUGCCCAAAUACCUGCCUGCGCUCCAGGGAUGCCGCAGCGUGGAGGAGUUCCAGUGUUUGAACCGGAUAGAGGAAGGCACUUACGGGGUGGUGUACCGAGCCAAGGACAAAAAGACGGACGAGAUUGUGGCCCUGAAGAGGCUGAAGAUGGAGAAGGAGAAAGAGGGCUUUCCCAUCACCUCCCUGAGAGAGAUCAACACCAUCCUGAAAGCACAGCACCCCAACAUUGUCACAGUCAGGGAGAUUGUGGUUGGCAGUAACAUGGAUAAGAUCUACAUUGUGAUGAAUUACGUGGAGCAUGACCUGAAGAGCCUGAUGGAGACCAUGAAGCAGCCCUUCCUGCCAGGUGAGGUGAAGACGCUGAUGAUCCAGCUGCUUAGGGGAGUGCGCCAUCUCCAUGACAACUGGAUCCUCCACCGUGACCUGAAGACCUCCAACCUCCUGCUGAGCCACAAGGGCAUUCUGAAGGUGGGAGAUUUCGGCCUGGCCCGCGAGUACGGUUCCCCUCUCAAGCCCUACACGCCGGUGGUGGUGACGCUGUGGUACCGGUCCCCGGACCUGCUGCUCGGGGCCAAGGAGUACUCCACAGCUGUGGACAUGUGGUCCGUCGGCUGCAUAUUUGGAGAGCUCCUGACCCAGAAGCCUCUCUUCCCCGGAAAGUCCGAAAUUGACCAAAUAAACAAGAUUUUUAAGGAUUUGGGAUCGCCCAGUGAAAAGAUCUGGCCAGGUUACAACGAGCUGCCUGCAGUGAAGAAGAUGACCUUCACGGAGUACCCCUACAACAACCUGCGCAAGCGCUUUGGGGCGCUCCUGUCCGACCAGGGCUUUGACCUCAUGAACAAGUUCCUCACCUACUGUCCCAGCAAGAGGAUCACGGCAGAGGAGGCCCUGAAGCACGAGUAUUUUCGGGAGACCCCCCUGCCCAUCGACCCCUCCAUGUUCCCCACGUGGCCGGCCAAGAGCGAGCAGCAGAGAGUGAAACGGGGUACCAGCCCGCGCCCCCCAGAGGGCGGUCUGGGGUACAGCCAGCUGGGUGAUGACGACUUGAAGGACACGGGUUUUCAUCUGACCACCACAAACCAGGGAGCUUCCGCGGCCGGGCCGGGGUUCAGCCUCAAGUUCUGAUCCGGAUCCGGCCCCUUUAUUCCGGAUUUGGGAAUUUUGAGCAGACUGACUGGACAGAAAUGGAAUCUGCACAGAAACGCGGUUGCUCUGGCCCUAUCCCUCCCUCCCUCCCGCCCACCCGCCCGCCAGCCCCGCCCACUCCCUGAGCAGUGGAGACUGGAACCCGUGUGUUCACGAGAACGUUGACCAAUCAGUGACCAGCACUCGCAGAGCCAUGCAGAUGGGAAGGAAUCCUACGCCUUGUUUUUGGGAGAGGGUGCGAGAGACCCUAUUCAGAGAGCACGAGGCGGAUUUAAACCGCCAUUUCUCCCCCUUCCCGCGGAAAGGGCCGGACUGGGACGGGUGCUGGUCGGUUUGGCUCGCACACAGAUGCAAACUUUUGUUAAAAUGUCCGUGUUCCUCUCCUUCUUUUCGUGGGAAAUGUCCACCUGCUGGUUUCUACAUUUCAGUAGUACUCAGUACUUUAUAAUAUCACUGAAUUAAGGCUUUAUUUCUUGUGAAGAUAUAGUGGAAAAAUAAACAAAAAAGCAUUUGGGAUUA